AUGGAGUCAAGCUUAGCUAUGGCGACGACGCCGCCGCCCCACCGGCCGCCGCUUGUGCUCUUAUCCCUGCUGCUGCUCCUCCUCCAUCCCUUCUUCUCCGCCGCAGCGCCGUCUAUCACCACCAAAGCCGUGCCGCGGCUGCCCGGUUUCAGCGGACCCCUGCCCUUCUCCCUCGAAACAGGGUACGUGGGGCUGGACGACGGCGCCCAACUCUUCUACUACUUCAUCCAGUCGGAGAGCGACCCGGAGGAGGACCCCGUCCUUCUCUGGCUCACGGGCGGGCCCGGUUGCUCCGCCCUCUCCGGCCUCGCCUACGAGAUCGGCCCUUUCAACUUUGACUUCCAUGGCUACAUGGGAGGCCUGCCUACUCUGCUCUACCAGCCAUCGUCUUGGACAAAGGUUAGCAACAUCAUCUUCGUGGAUUCUCCGGUAGGAACAGGCUUCUCAUAUGCGGCCGGAGACAAGAGAACCAUACAAAGUGACACAAUUGCUGUUCAACAGCUGCACAUUUUCCUUGAAACGUGGUUUGAUGAACAUCCGCAGUUCUUGCCAAAUCCACUCUAUAUUUCAGGUGAUUCAUAUAGCGGCUUAAUCAUACCUUCUCUUGCUAUGAAAAUUGCUAAAGGGAUAGAACUCGGCAAUGAGCGACUCAUUAACCUCAAGGGUGUCAUUGCUGGCAAUCCAUUAACCGAUAACACGACGACCUUCAACGCUCGAGUUCCAUUUCUUCAUGGGAUGGGAAUUAUACCAGAUGAACUCUACGAGGCUGCUCGUGAAAGCUGCGGGGGGGAAUACCGUUGGGCAUCGAACGCCCACUGUGCCGAUUCCCUCCAAGCCAUCCAAGAGUGCAUGAGGGGUUUAAACACUGUACACGUCUUGGAGCCAGCGUGUGAAGAAUAUCCAAGCCUCACCAUUCACAAGCAGCAACCGUUGCAAGACCAUGGGAGGAAAAUGCUAACAGAGUCCGCAUUUUCGUCCGUGUGCAGGAAUGCCACAUACUUCCUAUCCGAGUUAUGGACAAAUGACGAAGCUGUAAGGGAGAGUCUGGGUAUUCACAAGGGAACAGUUCCAUCAUGGCUACGAUGUGAUGUCAAUCUACCUUACACACAUGAAAUCACCAGCGCGGUAGAUGAUCAUGCAGCCCUGAUUACUAGAGGAUACCGGGCUAUGAUAUAUAGUGGAGACCAUGACCCUAAAGUAUCUUAUGUUGACACCCAAGCAUGGAUCAGACGACUUAAGCUGCCCAUCACAGAUCCUUGGCGACCAUGGCAUGUGGACGACCAAAUCGUGGGAUACACAAGAACUUUCUCCAACAAUCUGACAUACGCAACUGUAAAGGGUGCCGGACACACAGCCCCGGAGUACAUGCCAAGGGAGUGUCUUGCUAUGAUCGAUAGAUGGCUUUCCGGUGAGCCUCUCUGA